AUGACUUUCAUCAGCUUUCACCACCAACCUCUUCGACACAUUCUCGCUGAAGUAGUUGAGAUCAAUCGUCGUAACAACAACGUCGCUUACCGCGCUCCUAUUGCCUCAGCUGCACCAAUCAAAGUCGUUCCAAAGGCCUCGGCAAAGAAGACUCAGAAGAAACAGGCUUGCAAAUACUAUCGAUCUCCUCGUGGCUGUCGUUAUAAGAAUUGCCGCUUUCUCCACCAAGAUCUCCCCUCAGAGGUGCCAGAGACUCUUCCGGUCGUCAAAGCUAUCGUAUGGAAAGGCAAUCCUCGCUUGAGCGAUGAGACUUUCCGCAAUAAUUACAUUUUGCAACACUUUGGUUGGGGCUCUCCAACAAAGAAGCAGGGUAUCGAAUGGUUUCAACAAAUGCACUCAGAUGGCCACUUGAAGUAUUUCACUUACGACCAGCUCCUUGAUUGGGCAUAUUCCUUGAAUAUUCAAACCAGAGAGGACUUUCUUAUCUACAUCGGUUCCCUCCCAGACAUCUUCCAUCAAUUUCGUCAGGUGACACAACACGAAAUCGCAAAGCUCAAGGCCGACGAUGAUUCAGAGAAGGCUAAACCAAAGUAUGACACUUUCCACUGUUUCGACGCGCUUCCUACAGAGCUGCGCUUGAAGAUCUGGGGCUUCGCAGUUCGAACUGGGAGACAGCUUAUAGUUAAGCCUAACUUCCAUACCGUCCAUACUACAGGAGGUCCUGGUAUCUUCUUUAGAAAGUCCUCUCCUUCACCAUUGUGGUUAGCCAACAAAGAAUCGGAGGAAGCAUCAUCACGAGAUACCACUUGCAGCUUUUUAUUCGGUUGCGAUAUGUUCUCUGCGACUUUCGAUACCUUGUUUCUCUCCCAUUCUGCAGCGGAUCUUCAUCUUUGCGCUAGCAACGUUCCUUCUUGGGGUGGAGAUGUUGUCCAGAGAGUGUCUCUCACCUACUACAAAGUUUGCAACGUCAAGAAGUUGAUUGAUUUGGCCAAAGAUCUUUUCGUUGCUUUCCCAGUUGCCAUUCGAAUCGAAUUCUGGCUCUCCGACUCGGCUAAGCACUCCGCCAAGUACCUUCCAAAAUCCGCUGCUGUCAUGGAAAAAGCCACUGCUGCCAUCAAUGAAGCCUAUCAGGGUCGUAUUGGUAUGGCCCCACCUCGAGUUCGCCUUAUCACGGUGCCAGAGGCACGUGCGAUAGAACUUGAUAUCAAUGAUGGGUUCUGGUAG